AUGGCCGCCACGCGCGAGUGGGCGGAGCUCAGGGAGUACCGUGACCUCGUGCUCCCGCGACGCGCGACGCACGACGCACGGGGGCACGCUGGCGUGGAGUGGGCAGUGUACGUGAGGAUUUGGCUGGUCUCAGGCAAGAGUCGUGGGGAAGGAAGUAGCGGGGCUGCGGACGGAGCCGCAGCGCGCCUCACUUCCUUCUCCCUGGAGCUGCUUGGUGACCUGGAGUGCCUGGGACUCCACGCCCUUCGAAGGAGACAAAAAGCCAGGAACGGGGAGAAAAAGAAACCAGGACUGAUGUUAUGGACAGUAUCCCACAAGAGCCACCAAAUCAUGACCAUUGUACCUCUGUUAAUGGAGCACACAGCAAGAAUAGACGUGUGGUGCCCCGAGGAAGAUGAAGGUGGGCUCUGGCAUGAUCCUCUUGCUGACUUUGCUCUCUGGGGCCGCUCCGGGUUUAGGAAGGAUGUGUCACCCACAUCCCCUUCCACCCUCCCAUGGGGGGAGCGCAUUAAUAGGGUCAGCUACCAGCCCGGGUACCACAUCCGGAACAAGAGUCUCAAGAAGAUCCACAAAGCUGCCAGCUUGGGCAACGUAGCUGGAGUCCAGCAUAUUCUGUUGCUCAAGAAAAAUGGCUUGGAUGAUAGAGACAGGAAGAACAGGACUGCUCUCCAUUUGGCCUGUGCCAAAGGCCAUCCAGCAGUGGUAUCUCUCUUAGUAGAGAGGAAAUGCCAGCUGAACCUCUGUGACAAUGAGAACAGGACAGCACUGAUGAAGGCCACCCAGUGCCGGGAAGAAGAAUGUGCAAAUAUUCUUCUGGAACACGGGGCUGACCCAGAUGUCGUGGACGUCAAUGGCAACACUGCCCUCCACUAUGCUGCCCUUGAUCAGAAUUCCUCCAUGGCAGCAAAGCUGCUUUCACACAAUGCCAACAUUGAGGCAAAAAACAAGGAUGGCCUUACACCACUCUUACUUGCUGUCACUGAAAACCAACAGCAAAUGGUGGAAUUUCUAAUAAAGAAUGGAGCAAACGUCCAUGUGACUGAUAAGAAGAAAAGCAAUUGCCACCUGAUUUCUGAAUAUAAAGAAGAAAAGCAACAUAAAGGUCCUUCUCUAAAUGGCAACCCAGUGUGUGAGAGUUCUGAAGAAGACUCUUUAAGCAGGUUUUCCAACAGACCUGGUGCUGAUGAUUCAUGGCUUAUAUCAGACAAAGUCCUUGAUUCGGAUACCAAGGGUUUAUACUCCAUGGUUCCUUUUCAGGCCAAAGUAUCUCUGAGAGUCUUCCACAGAAGUAUGCUGAUCAUUUACCUGGAGCUGCAGGUUGAAAAAGAAAAGAAGCAGCACAGAAGCAGUAUGAUGGCAAUAUCAGAAAACAAACGUGGCACUGAUGAUGACAGUGGAUUAAUGCAACAGAGAGAGAGAGGAAAAAGUAAUCACCAGUGGUUUCCUACUGUGGAGAAUGAAGAUUCUGAUAGGAAGCUGAGAGUCUCGAGAAAGCAAAAAAAACUGUUGUCUGAAAACCACAUGUCACAGAAUGAAAUUGCCAUGUUAAAACAGAAAAUAGAGGUAAUAAAAAAUCAUAGCCAGGAAAUGGGAAAGAAAUGUUUUAGGGACAUUAAAAUUGCAAAAAAUAAGUUUGAACUUCAAGAGAGAGUAAAACUUGAGGACAUAUUAACAAAAACAAUCUUGGAAUGCAGUAGACAGCUUAAUGUUCUGACAGCUGAGAAUACAAGGCUGAAGUGACUGGACAAUGAAAGACAAAAUAAAGAAAGACCUGAAAGGCAAGUUGAAUCAUCCCACUCUGGAUUGGCUACUGCCACACAUGAUCAAGAACAAAGUCAGACAUCAGAAAGAGACCUGGAACUUGCCUUCCAGAGAGCAGAAGAUAAGUGCUUCCCCUUCCAAGAUGAAAUAAAUUUGGAUUUGUACCUGAAAGAUAGCAAGGUGCAUUCCCAGCAACUGUCUACAACUGAAGGAAAAUCCAAUAGCCUAGAAACCGAGCUCCAUCACAGGAGAGAUGCUCUCGGAGAAAAGUCUUUGGUGUUUGAACCUGUACCUGUACAGAGAGACCUAAGCCAAGCACAGUGUCAGAAGAAGGAAAUUGCACACAUGCCUCCAAGUGAACAAGGCAAAGUGAAGAAGUACAUGGACGAGCAGCAAGAGUCCUUGAAGGAGAGAUCAUCCCAACUAGAGAGUGAAAACCUGUUGCUGCGACAGCAGCUGGAUGACUUGCAAAACGAAGUCGACAGCAAGGAGAAAAUGGUAAUUAAUCUCCAGGACCAGUGUCUGGAUAUUAUCAAAAAAUUCCAAGCUGAAAGUGAAAAACCACAUCUGAUGCUGAAGGAAAGAAACAAGGAGUUACCCGAGGAAUGCAGUCACCUAAAAGAGAGGAGGAAUCAGUAUGAAAAUGAGAAAACGGAAAGAGAAGUGGUUGUGGGACAACUUCAACAAGAACUGGCUGAUUCCCUAACAAAGCAGUCCCUGUCUGAGGCUUUAUUGGAGCUGAUGUCGCCUGAUCGUGCUAAAUUAGAAGAUGAGACACAGGAUUUAAAGAAGAAACUACGUCAAAUCACAAGUCGAUUGCAAGAAGCACAAGAACUACAUAUAGAGGCCGUGAAGUCUACCGAGAAGAUGAAGGAUCACAUGCAAAAGCUUGAAAUUGAAUCUGCCAACUUGAAAGUGACGAACAAAAAGCACGUGGGCGAAAUUGAACAGCUUCAUGGAAACCCGCCAAGUACAAGUGUGUCUGUGGAUGGAAAGGAACAAUUAAAGCAACUGAGGGAGUUCAUACCGUUUCUGGAAAGCAGUUUGGAUCAGGAAAAGAAGAAAACUGAUGGAUUAGAAAAAGAGCUUACUGGAUUGAAGGAACGCUUGGAAAUGGCAAGAAGGGAAGUAAAUGAAGAUGAAAAAGGAGAGCUUAGUGCCCAUGGUGUUGUAAAAAGCAGUCCAACUGAAAUGGAUAUUCAGAUAGAUACGCUAAAACAUAAGAGUGAUGGUCCGAGAGCACAGCAGUGAACUGCAUGUUCCAAAUGUCUACAUCUGGAUGCAAAAAAUCAAGUUCUUCAACAGGAAUUAUUAUGUACGAAAGGAAUGCAGAAGAGAUGUGGAAAACUCGGGGAGAAUAAAAAAAAAUUGGAACAAGCAGUAGUAAACCUCAAGAGUCACAUAGAAAUGAAUAUGGUGGAACGCAGUCAGGUAGAGCACUGUGAACAGGAGAUUGAAGAAGGAGCAAGACAGGAGAUAGAAGAACAGUUAACAAAAGUCCGCUUAUUCCUACAGACACAAGCAGUGUCUCAAGAAAACUUAGAGCAAUAUCUGAAAUCUCAAUGCUCCAAAGAAAACACUUUUCAUGAAUCUUCUAGUAAAACGAAAUUGGAAAAAUAUAAGAAACUCUACCUAGAAGAAUUAAAAUUGAGAAAGUCGCUGGGAAAAAAACUGAACAAGUAA